UUACGUUACAAUGUAUGAAAACAUUGUACAUCUCAAGCGCGGCGUCGUCUGAUUCUCAUUUCACAAACCAAACCUAUAUUUAUUCGCCCCUUUCAUCGAGCUCACAAUAAUUGUGUUUUCUGUUAUUGCUGAGACUCUUAAUCUCCACAGUUCAAAGAGUUUGGAACAACCAAAAUGGUGAAAAUUGCUUUACAAAUGAAAGCCCAGCUCGAAAGUAUUGAUGCUAUUUAUGCGUCACAACCUGAAUUCCGGUAUUUCAUGAAGAUGAAAUGUCACAGCUGCAACGAAGAAUCGGACAAGUGGCAUGAUGUUUCCCUGAGUGAGACUGCAGCAUUGAAAAGUGGACGUGGUAACUGUAAUUUUGCACUGAAGUGUAAAUUUUGUGGGAAAGAGAACCAAAUAGACAUAUUGAAGAAAUCUGAUCAAAAGUAUGUCAAAGAAAAGGAGGGAUCUUUUCAAACAAUUGCUGAAUUUGAUUGCCGGGGUAUGGAACCUAUAGCGUUCUCCCCCAGGGAAGGAUGGAUCGCAGAGGCUAGAGAAGGUGGUCAAAAAUUUGAAGAUGUGGAUCUAUCUGAUGGGGAAUGGAUAGACUAUGAUGACAGGUUGAAAGAGUCAGUUAGGGUUUAUGAACUAGAAUUUAAAUUCAUCAAAACUAAAUGAUUAAGUUUAAUAAAGUCUAAGCACUAAAGUAAGUUUUACUAAGAUUUCAUGUCAACUCAUCCUGGGCUACUAAAGAAUUGCUGUAAAAAUCACAGACACAAUAAAGAAUAAACUAUUUAAAUUAUUAAUUAAA